UUGAAAUGUUCAGAGCAUCCCUACUUUGUGUUCUUCUCUUCUCAUCACUUUCAGCUGAACCAGAGCUGACAACUAGAUUCUUUUUCAAAGGAACGUUCACGUGUCAAAGUCACCGGGCUCCAUUCAUUCAAGAUAUUCAAGCAUGGGAGGAAGAUACAUUCAAACCCAACGACCAUAUUGACACGUGGCACAAGUUUGAGAUCGUCAAUUCGACAGCGAUGACAUAUGAAAUGCACGCCGAGGCGCAUGGUGAUGGUCUUUGGAAUAACUUUUACGAAAUCUCGUUUUCUAUGCGCCACACAUGCUUCAGCCCAAUUGAUAUUUCACGUGGAAUGAAAUUUAAGCAAAGCGGGUUGAUUCUUAAACCAGAAGCAUUCCCGGUUAUUGAUGGAAACCUUUAUCACACCGAGGACAUUAAUUUGGAACGAUAUUUCUGAUUUAGUUUAAUGAAAUCAUCAAAACUGUUAUAUC